AUGAAUCACAAGAAGGUUGUUAUUAUUGGUUCCGGUCCAGCUGCUCACACCGCUGCCAUCUACUUGGCCAGAGCUGAGAUUAAGCCUACCAUGUACGAGGGUAUGUUGGCUAACGGUAUUGCCGCUGGUGGUCAAUUGACUACCACUACUGAAAUCGAGAACUUCCCAGGUUUCCCAGACGGUAUGACCGGUUCUGAGUUGAUGGACAGAAUGAGAGCUCAGUCCACCAAGUUCGGUACCGAGAUCAUCACCGAGACCAUUGCCAAGGUUGACUUGUCUUCUAGACCAUUCAAGUUGUGGACCGAGUUCAACGAAGACGGUGAGCCAAUCACUACUGAUGCCAUUGUCAUCGCUACUGGUGCCUCCGCCAAGAGAUUGCACAUCCCAGGUGAGGAAACUUACUGGCAACAAGGUAUCUCCGCUUGUGCUGUCUGUGACGGUGCCGUCCCAAUCUUCAGAAACAAGCCACUAGCCGUCAUCGGUGGUGGUGACUCCGCUUGUGAAGAAGCUCAGUUCUUGACCAAGUAUGGUUCCAAGGUCUACUUGAUUGUUAGAAAGGACCACUUGAGAGCCUCCACUAUCAUGCAAAGACGUGCCGAGCAAAACGACAAGAUUGAAAUUCUAUACAACACUGUCACCCUAGAAGCUCAAGGUGACGGUAAGUUGCUAAACAACUUGAGAAUCAAGAACGUUAAGACCAACGAGGAAACCGACUUGCCAGUCAAUGGUUUGUUCUACGCUAUCGGUCACACCCCAGCUACUAAGAUCGUAGAAGGCCAAGUUGAAACUGAUGAAACUGGUUACAUCAAGACCAUCCCAGGUUCUUCUUUGACUAGUGUCCCAGGUGUCUUCGCCGCCGGUGACGUUCAAGAUUCCAAGUACAGACAAGCUAUUACUUCAGCUGGAUCCGGUUGUAUGGCCGGUUUGGAUGCUGAAAAGUACUUGACUGAAUUGGAAUAA